AUGAAAUCUGAUUUGCCUCUUGAUUUGCAGUUUUCCAGUUGUCAUCCAAGCAUUCAAGAUGUGAAUUGUAUGUUCAGGUUAUUUGAGCUGCCGAUUGGCUAUGACUUUGACUAUGAUGAAUACCACAGUUGUACAUUUUCAGUCAUGUUACAAGCAAAUGAAGGGGAUGGUGCAUUUUACAGACCAAAGAUAGAUACCAAUGUAUCUGAUGCAUUGAACAUGAAGUUUCAGUGCGCAACAUUACAGCUUCAUUUUCUGCUACCUGCUUGCUUUGAGCUGUAUUACUCAGCAGAGGGUGAAGAAGGCAAGAAGGAGGCACCUGUUAUGAUACACAUAGCCAUUUUCGGUUCUGUUGAGCAUAUGUUUGCUAUACUACUGGAGCACUACAGGGGGAAAUGUUCUUUAGCAAUAACAGUGGCAAAUCCAACUGAUCUUGUAAAAUUUAGACUUCAAGCUGAGAGAAAAUUGCCACCAGGAGCACCAAGGCGCUAUUCUGGCACAUUGAAUGCGUCUUCCAGCAUCUUGAGACAGGAAGGAGUUGGGGUUCUCUAG